CAGGGGCCGCCGACACUAUAAGUGGCCCAGCCAGGGCCUUGCCUGGGGCUCUGGCCAUGCUCCUCCUCGGGCUUCUGCUGCUGACCGUGCUGGCUGGCGCCCGCCUGCUGUGGCACAAGUGGAAGCUCCGCAGCCUCCACCUCCCGCCUCUUGUGCCCGGCUUCCUGCACCUGCUGCGGCCCAACCUUCCCCUCUACCUGCUGGGUCUGACCCAGAAACUGGGGCCUGUCUACAGGCUCCGCCUGGGGCUGAGAGAUGUGGUGGUGCUGAACUCCAAGAGGACCAUUGAGGAAGCCAUGAUCAGGAAAUGGGUGGACUUUGCCGGCAGACCCCAGACAGCGUCCUAUAAGCUGGUGUCUCAGCACUACCAGGACCUCUCCCUUGGGGACUACUCCCUGCUCUGGAAGGCUCACAAGAAACUCACCCGCUCAGCCCUGCUGCUGGGCCUCUUCGACUCCACGGAGGGGAUGGUGGAGCAGCUGACCCAGGAGUUCUGUGAGCGCAUGAGAGCCCAGGCCGGCACCCCUGUGGCCAUCCAGAAGGAGUUCUCUCUCCUCACCUGCACCAUCAUCUGUCACCUCACCUUUGGAGACCAGGAGGACACCUUAGUACAUGCCUUUCAUGACUGUGUCCAGGACUUGAUGAAAACCUGGGAGCACUGGUCCGUCCAAAUCUUGGACAUUGUUCCCUUUCUCAGGUUCUUCCCCAAUCCAGGCCUCCGCAGGCUGAAGCAGGCCUUGGAGAACAGGGACCACAUGGUAGAGAAGCAGCUGAGGCAGCACAAGGAGAGCAUGGUGGCAGGCCAGUGGAAGGACAUGACUGACUAUAUGCUCCAACGAGUGGGCAAGCCAAGAGCAGGGGAGGGCUGCGGACAGCUCCUUGAAGGACACGUGCAUAUGUCUGUGGUGGACCUGUUCAUUGGUGGCACUGAGACCACGGCGACCACCCUCUCCUGGGCCGUGGCCUUCUUGCUUCACCACCCUGAGAUUCAGCAGAGACUGCAGGAAGAGCUGGAUCGUGAGCUGGGCCCUGGAGCGUCAGGCUCCCGAGUCCCAUACAGAGACCCCGCACGGCUGCCCUUGCUCACGGCCACCAUCGCCGAGGUGCUGCGCCUGCGGCCCGUCGUGCCCCUGGCCUUGCCGCACCGUGCCACGCGGCCUAGCAGCAUCUUGGGCUACGACAUCCCCGAGGGCACGGUUGUCAUCCCCAACCUGCAAGGCGCCCACUUAGACGAGACGGUCUGGGAGCGGCCACACGAGUUCCGGCCGGAUCGCUUCCUGGCCCCUGGCGCCCGCCCCAGAGUGCUGGCCUUCGGCUGCGGGGCCCGCGUGUGCCUGGGGGAGCCGCUGGCGCGCCUGGAGCUGCGCGUGGUGUUGGCGCAGCUGCUGCGGGCCUUCACGCUGCUGCCGCCCACCGGUGCCCUGCCCUCCCUGCAGCCCCGGCCCCGCGGCGGCGUCAACCUCACCGUGCGGCCUUUCCAGGUGCGGCUGCAGCCCCGGGGCUCAGGGGCCCGGGCGCCGGGCCAGCACCCGUGACGGGGCAGGACGCACGCCGGCCGCACGCAUGCCUCAGUUUCCCCUUUUAUUACUCCCCGUACAAACCCCUGCCCUCCCCCCCUGUAAACAUGGUGCUGUGAGAUCGCAGAUGGAGAAGGCUCCCUCCGGUGGCUGGACGGUCACGGUGGCCCUGGGCUCUUCUCUGAGCGCGACCCCUCAGUGCUCGGCAGUCAUUCUGGGGCGCCCGAGAGGCGAGCGGUGGUCAGCCUCCCUGGGCCGCUGGGGGCCGGUAGCUUCUUGGCCUCAGCUUCAUUUCCGUGAAGGGCACAGAGAACUCGAAGCCCUUCCAGUAGUACCAGCUCAGCCCCUGGGAGAGGAGAUGUCGAGACAGAGUCAAAGCCACACAUCCCAUCUGCUCCCACCCUUGCCCCUCUGCGGAGAUGGUUCCCAGAAAUCAACCCCUCUCCCACCCCCCACCGACUUCAUGAUCCUCAACUGCCAAGGCCUGAGGCUUCAUCUGAGCUGGCCCUCUACGUCCAAUAAAUCGUGCUCAUGUCUCCCUC